GAAAAAUUUGACAGUGCUCUGUAUUUUAUCAACUUAAAUCUACAAAGAAUGGAUAUGAAAGCCUUAACACGAAGUUACUUUUCAUUAUGUUUGAUAGUCUUUAGUGUAACUUCUAUCCAGUCAGAAAAAUAUGAAGUUUCAAAAAAUGUUGAAGUACGUGGAUUUAUUGAAGAUAUAAUAAACUCUACACUAACCAAGAUUAUUGCGAGUAUACCAGACCCAAUUCGUAUACCAUUUAUAGGGGAUGAUUUUGGAAAUUCAACUUACGCAAAUAACAGUCUUAUCAGUGGAAAAUUCAAUGUGUCCAAUUUGGGAAUAUAUGGUCUGAGUACAACGGAAGUUUCUGCAAUAAGUUUCAACCUGUUCACUCAGUCUUUGAACCUGACUUUGAAAUUUUCAGAUAUUAGCACGCAUUUCAAAUAUUGGACAGACUUGGUACUGCUUGAGCUAGUGCCACUCUAUGGAUCUGGAACCAAUACUAUAACUAUGGAAGAACUACAAUUGUUUAUCCACGCGAAAGCAACUCUGGGCCAGAAUUUGGGCCUGAGUAUAAGUAAUGUUUCUGUUAUCCUGAAUCUAGGUGAUCUUUUGUUCGAUAUCAAUGGUUUGAUCGAUGACGGAAUAUUUAGCGCAUUGGUGGACAUCGUUUUAAAUGACAAUGUACAAGAAUUUGUCAAUGGUCAUCAAGAAUUCAUAACAAGAGUCUUCAGUCCUAUAGUACAAGCAGUGCUAAACUAUUUACUGCAUCCAAAUUCACUGUACUACCAAUCGAGUUUGUAUGAAUACCGGGAAAAAAUAAAAAUGCUUUAGCAGAACU